AUGGCCGCCUCCACCAUGUCCGUCUGCUCUGACGCUUGCACCAACUCCUCCUGGCAGGUGGACGACUGCCCAGAGAGCUGCUGUGAGCCCAGCUGCUGUGCCCCCAGUUGCUGCCAGUCCAGCUGCUGUGCCCCCACCUGUUGCCAGUCCAGCUGCUGUGCCCCCAGCUGCUGUGUCCCCAGCUGCUGUGUCCCCAGCUGCUGUGUCCCCAGCUGCUGUAUCCCCAGCUGCUGCCAGACCAGCUGCUGUGUCCCCAGCUGCUGCCAGACCAGCUGCUGUGUCCCCAGCUGCUGUGUCCCAGCCCCCUGCCUGACCCUCAUCUGCACCCCAGUGAGCUGUGGAUCCAGCCCCUGCUGUCAAUCUGCCUGCAGCAGCUGUUGUACUCCCUCAUGCUGCACCUGUUCCCCUUGCCAACAGUCCUGCUGUGUGCCUGUCUGCUGCAAGCCUGUCUGCUGCACACCCAUGUGCCACACCAGCUGUUCCUCAGGCUGCCAGCCCUCCUGCUGCGUGUCCAGCCCCUGCCAGCCUGCCUGCUGCGUGUCCAGCCCCUGCCAAUCAUCCUGUGUGCCCUUGAGCUGUAGACCUGCUAUCUGCGUUCCUGUGAGAUGCCAGUCCUCUGUGUGUGUGCCUGUGAGCUGCCGGCCUGUCUGUGUGACCUCCUCCUGCCAGUCAUCCGGGUGCUGCCAGCCCUCCUGCCCCACCCUGCUCUGCAGACCCGUCACCUGUAGCACGCCUUCCUGCUGCUGA